UGUUUUAAUAAAUAAGUCAUAUAUUCAAGUACUCAUGUUUUAUUGACAAAAAACGAGUUUAAUUGACAUAAAUCAUGUGUGGCGAAAUUAGUAAAUGGAGAAAUUAGAGUUAAGAUCAAAUUUUUAAAAAGUUUUGUCAAAAAUCUAGUUUUAUUACAUAAAGGCGUUUCGAUCAGUGACGCGACUUGUGUAAGUGUAAAGUGUCAUUGUGAAAGUUCAAAUGUAUUCAAGAUUAAUCCUUAAAAUGUGAAGUAAUAUUUCUUCCCUAAUCAAAAAUAAGUUAUCAAGAAUUGUGUAGAAGAUCAGGUGUUCGCAUCUUGACUUUAAAAGGUGUUUUAGACUAUUCUACAACGAUUAAGACAUACAUCCUGACAACAAUUGUAGACGUGUUUCUUUAAGUCUAUUUUUUUACUACUGGAAUAGUAUCGCCCCGGUCGUGCAGCCAACGUUCUGCCAGUACUGGGUGAACCACCGGCUGUCUGUACUGCUGGGCAGUACUGGGCUAGUACUGCACCGGUGGUGAACUCCAGCACAUUACCGAUAUUUCCACCUGGGUACUUGCUAGUUCCGUAUAAUACGAUAUGGAUUAGAAUUAUAUAGGAAACCGUUUCUUGCUUAGGUCGUCUAGAACGAAAGAUGUUGGGGCCAAUAUUUGAAUCCCAUGGUCGCUUUUUUGCGAGCCAUCCUCUCGAGGUGAUCGUCGCAACAUUCACCCUAACAGCGUGCAUUCUCAAUAUUGAAACCGGAAAUAGUCAAACGAAAGAGGAAAGCGUCCCUGCGACGCAUUGCUGGAAUGAUCGCUGUCCCACAGAGGAGCAAAAUGCAGCUGACGUAAUAUUAAUGACCAUAAUUCGCUGUCUGGCGAUCCUCUUCAGUUACCAUCAACUGCGUAAUCUUCAAAAUACAGGGUCAAAAUAUAUCCUUGGUGGUGCUGGACUUUUUACAGUCUUCUCGAGCAUAGUUUUUACCUCGAGUGUUGUGAACUUCGGUCAAAGUGCAAUUUCGGAUUUAAAGGAUGCCUUCUUUUUCUUCCUCCUGGUGAUUGAUUUGAACAAGGCUCGUUUGCUGGCUCAAAUUGCCUUAAGUUCUAGAAAUCAGGAGGAAGUUCGAGCCAAUAUCGCUCACGGAAUGUCCCUUUUGGGUCCAACAAUCACCCUCGACACUCUCGUCGAGAUCCUUCUCAUCGGCAUUGGCUCCCUAUCUGGAGUUCGAAGACUCGAAAUUCUUUGCACUUUUGCCUGUCUCGGGGUCGUCGUCAAUUAUCUCGUCUUCAUGACUUUCUACCCUGCCUGCUUAUCACUGAUCCUCGAGUUAUCACGAGGCAAUCACGCAAUGGGUGCCGACAAAAUACUAAUGAUGCACCCACUAAACGAGGAGGAUCGAAAACCGAAUCCCGUUGUUGAAAGGGUCAAGCUCAUCAUGAUUGCCGGUCUCUUCAUCGUCCACGCCAACAGUCGAUGGCCGUUUAAGCAAGGAGAAGCUGAGGAAGCAAUUAAGGAGUCGGUGUUGACGGUCAAUCCGAAUUUGAUCCUGAACAAUGAGAACAUCACGGAUUCUCAGCUCGGUCUGAGGAAGUACUUUGAAAAUUGGAUGCCAUUUAGCGCUGAUAACGUCGUUAUUGUAAUUCUCCUUGUGGCGCUGGCGAUCAAGUUCGUAUUUUUUGAGGAUAGGGGUGAUAUUGCGAAACAACUCAAGCUGAAGGAGGAGAGCGCAGACGCGCAGAAAAGUGUCGCUGAGGAAGGAACGGUGGAGACUAUGCACACGGCUGCAGCUACUUUGGAGGGUCAGACUAGACGCAGAUUCGAAUCAGCGAUGCCUACCAUGCACUCAACAAUCUUCCCGCUUUCCGGAAUGGGUGGCGAUUGGAUUGAAGUUGAAGACGAGUCUUAUUUGAAACUUAUUGACAAAGAAGUUCAAACUGAUGAAGUCAAUAUCAUCAGUUCCACGAGUGGAGCCACCAAAGAUGUACCGGAAGUCCCCCGAACUGUUGAGGAAUGUCUGGCGAUCUACAGAUCGGAGUUGGGAGCCGACGCCCUGACAGAUGACGAAGUAAUUUCCCUCGUAAAGCACAAGUACAUCCAGCCCUACCAGCUGGAAAAAGCCGUCGAAAAUAUGGAACGAGGAGUUGGAAUCCGUCGUUUGAUCCUCGGCGAAAUAGGCAACUUCAGCGAGUCGCUGAUCGAGCUUCCAUACAAAAGCUACGACUACAACCUCGUUCUCGGUUCCUGCUGUGAGAAUGUAAUCGGUUACGUCCCAGUACCAGUCGGAGUCGCUGGUCCUCUGAAAGUCGACGGCGAAUUAAUCCACGUCCCGAUGGCGACGACAGAAGGUUGCCUCGUGGCCUCCACAAAUCGAGGAAGUCGUGCUCUCUUGAACUGCGGAGUCACCAGUCGAGUAGUCGCCGAUGGAAUGACAAGAGGUCCAGUUGUCAGAUUUCCCAACGUCGUGAGAGCCAGUGAAGCCAUGGCCUGGAUGGAAGUUCCAGAAAACUUCAGCACUAUGAAAGCCAGCUUUGAUCGAACAAGCAGAUUCGCGAGAUUGACGAGGAUCCACAUCAGAAUUGCCGGAAGACACCUCUUUAUCAGAUUCGUCGCUAAGACUGGAGACGCCAUGGGCAUGAAUAUGCUUUCCAAGGGCACGGAAAAGUCCCUUCACGCCGUCCAGGAACGAUUUUCCGACAUGGAGAUUCUUUCCUUGAGUGGGAACUUCUGCACGGACAAGAAACCGGCGGCCGUCAAUUGGAUCGAGGGCAGAGGAAAGAGCGUUGUCUGCGAAGCCAUUGUACCGGCUAAUGUCGUCACGACUGUUUUGAAGACGACGGUUCCGGGAUUGGUCGAUGCGAACAUCAGUAAGAACAUGAUUGGCUCGGCGGUCGCUGGAAGCAUCGGCGGAUUCAAUGCUCAUGCUGCGAAUAUUGUGACGGCGAUAUUUAUUGCAACGGGACAAGACCCGGCGCAGAAUGUUGGAAGCAGCAAUUGUAUGACCUUGAUGGAGCCUUGGGGACCUGAUGGCACGGAUCUUUAUAUUUCGUGCACGAUGCCGAGCAUUGAAGUGGGAACUGUGGGUGGAGGAACCGGGCUUCCGGCGCAGGGAGCUUGUCUGGGAAUGCUGGGAGUCAGGGGAGCACACUCUGAUGAUCCGGGACAAAAUGCGAGUAAAUUGGCGCGAAUUGUUUGUGCAACAGUUCUCGCGGGUGAACUUUCGCUGAUGGCAGCCCUCACAGCUGGGCAUUUAGUUAAAAGCCAUCUCAGACAUAAUAGGUCUUCCACGAUGAUAGGCAAUCCAGUACAAGUAUCACGAAGCGAUGCAUCAGGAAAUUUAUCAGUCCCCAAUGACUUGCCUUCUCUUCAAGCAAUGUGCAAAGAGUCUAAUCGAUCGUAGUAUUAGUCGCAAGUCGCAAUCUUUCAUUCAUCACUCACACCAGGAAUCAGGAGUCCAAAAUAUUUAAGAAAAUAAAAUCUUAAGUAUUUUAUAUCGUGUCUCCUGAAUCAUUUUAGUCAUAAUUUCAUUGGGGUUUACAGCCUGAUUUCAUCAGCUCCAGAACCAGUCGCAAAACUCCCUAUAAAUGCAAUCAAGAGAAAAAGGGGGAAAAAAACCAUUUUCCUUGAUAUAAAUAUUGUACAAAUGGAUUGCUUUUAAUCUUAUUUAUAUAUGAAGAAUGUAAAUCAUUGCAGGGUGUGUGCAACUGGCUCGAAAGGCGAAAAUAAAUUUACUCUCUUGGUUAAUAGUCUAAGUAAUGUAAGUUGAUUUAACCAUAAGUGACUGCGAUUAACCCUUUCUGUAAAUAUAAUAGUUUUUUUUUAUAUAUAUAUAUAAGACAAAUUUAUACGAUUUCUUCGUUUCUUUUGAUGUUGAUGUUGAGAAAUGCUGCCUAAUGUAUCGUGCCAAAGACAGAAAGGGUUGAUUAAUCUCGAUCGACAAUAAAUUUUUCAGUUUAGAGUUUCUAAUAAUUAUGUUGUAUUAGUUUAGAUGAAAAUGCAGUCGAGUUAUAAAAAGAAACUUCCGGCUGGGAAUUUGGCAAAAACAAAAUUUCUUGAAAUUAAACAUGAAUAGACUCUGUGAGCAUGAAUUAUAAAACUAGAGACUUGAGGAGUUUAUCUGCAUGUUCUAGAUUCAUUUAAUAUUGAGCUUCAUUAUUCAAAUAUUCAUAAUUAUUGAAAUAUUUUUGAAAAAAGACUCCUUUUUGAACAUGUCUUUGAAGAUCGAAGGUCAUAAUUUUUUAUAUUACCAUUAAUUUAUUUAUCAAUUGAGAGGUUUUCUUAAGAACUAUAUUAUGUAAUUUUUACAUAGAAAAUGUUGCAUUUGCAAUGAAGUUUCAGGUAGAGACACGACCGUUUGUGUAAAAUGUCAAUUUAAUUUAAUGUAGGAAAGAUCACUUAAUUUAUACCAUGGAAAGUCGUUCAUUUUUUUAAAUUCUUAGGAAUUUUUAAUUACCGACGAAAGGAUUUCAUGAAAAAUCGAAAUCUUUAUUCUAUUUUAGUCACAUUGCAUACAUUUCUUUUUCUCUGUUUCGUUAGCUUUUAUAAUUUUAAUUAGUCAUUAUUUAUAGACUAAGUUUCCAACCUUCGUACGGAAACAUGAAGCAGGGAUAUUCCAUAAUUUGUACUUCGAUUUAUUUUAAUUUUUGAUUAAUUUUAAUUAUUUGGGUAGUAUGCAUCAUUGUCUAUUUUAGGUUUUAAUUACGGUUUGAGGAGAUACUGAACACUUAUGUUUCGCAUUGUACAUAAUAGAAUAAGAUUAGGUGUCUGUGAAUUUUCUCAAAUCUUUUGAAGAGGAGGCUAAGUCUUUUUAGUGAAAAAUUAAAAAAAAAAACACAGUUUCUUAAAUUGUAAUUCUUAUCUAGAAACUUGUCCAGUUUUCAUUGCUCCUUGAAUUCGGAGGUGUAAAAAUGUGAAUGAUUUUGUCAAGUUUUUAUUGAAAAAUAGGAGUUGAAAGCGUACCUGCCAAAGGAACAUUCAUAAACUGAUUAAUAAUUUCCUUGGCGAAUAAUUUUUCUUGAAUGAUACUUUUUGAUUGAGAGUCAUUUGCGGCGCAUUAGAUAGGUUUUACAAAAGAAAUAUCGAAGCUUCUUCGAUAAAAUGUAUAUAAGUUGUUGGAAAAUAUUGAGAUGAUCAUCAGAUAGUGAAUAAAAGGAAUAAUUUAACACA